AUGCCGUUUACAAGAGGGAAGAGAGCUCAGGCUCGGGUCAACGCCAAAAAUAAAGCGAAAGAGAACACGAAUGAGCAAGGUGGCGCUGGCGUCAAGAGGACCGCUUCGCCUUCACAAGAAGCCCCCAAGAAGCGGGUGGCUUUCCUCAACCUCACUAACGCCGGUAAAAGCCGUGUUAGAUUACCAGGCAGGAAGGACUCCAGCAAGAAGAAAGCAAAGGCCGCCCCGGCGACCUCAGAAACGGGCGCGGAAAACAAAGUUCCCAACGUUGACAAAGAUGAGAACGAGGAGGGAAUAGUGUUGGCUCCAGCCGAGGUACUAAAGGCCCCACUGGCGCACCUUGAGAGACCCCAGAUUCCAGCGGAGUUCGACGUGGACGCGGAGAACCGCGACGAUUGCAUGAUGUGCCCCGAGUAUGCCAAGGAUAUCUUCGACUACCUGAAAAGUCGCGAGGAGAAGUUUACGCUGCACGACUUCAUGGCCCUGCAGCCCACCAUCAAUGCAGAGAUGCGUGCCAUCCUUGUGGACUGGCUGGUGGAAGUUCAGGAAAACUUCCAGCUGUACCACGAGACACUGUACCUGGCGGUUAAGCUGACGGACCACUUCCUGGCCCGGACCUCCAUCGCCCGCGACACCCUGCAGUUGUUGGGCUCCGCCGCCAUGCUGAUCGCCUGCAAGUUCGAGGAGCGCAACCCGCCGUGCUUAGACGACUUCCUGUACAUUUGCGACGACACGUACAACAAGGAGGAGUUCCUCUCCAUGGAGUCGUGCAUCUUCAAAACGCUGGGCUACGACAUCGGCAUCCCCGUCGCCUACAGCUUCCUGCGCCGCUACAGCAAAUGCGCCAGCGUGGGCAUGGACACGCUAACGCUGGCCCGCUACUACUGCGAGCUGAGCCUGAUGGACGUGGAGCUGGCGCAGGAGCGAGCUUCGCUGCUGGCGGCGGCCUGCCUGUUCCUGGCGCUGCUCACUAGCGACCUGGGAGGAUGGUCGCCCAUCCUGGAGUUCCACAGCGGCUACACGCAGCUUGAGGUGGGACCGGUGGUGCUCCGGGUUCGCUCCAUGGUGGCGCGGCCCCCUAAAAGCAACCUGAUGGCCAUCCGUGAAAAAUACGCCCAUCCGGUGUUUUUCCAAGUUGCGCAGCUGCCGUUGAUGGACGUUGACGUUCUGGAGAAGAUGUUGUCUACCUAA